AUGUCACUAACUUUCAAUCUAAGCGACCACAUUCCCGAACCUUCUGCCACAGUAGAAGAGUUGAAUGAAGAGCUGACCAAAAUGCGGAAAGUUGUUCGUGCUGCCAAGGUACACGUGUCCAGAGACUUGAUAAGCUAUGUGAAGAAGCUCCGGGUGAAGACUUCUCACCUCGAAGGUUGCAGACGCCUUGAAAAUAAGAUAAAAAAUAGAGUCUCUGAUAUCAAGCUUCUUAACAGUCUUUCUGUGGUCAGACUUUGCAAACGGUUACUCGCAGAGGGCAUGAAUGAAGAUGUUCUUCAGAAAAGUGGAAGUCGUUUAUCUCAGGAGGAUCGACUAAUUCUGCGUCUCAAAUCAUCGAAACCUGUAACAGAUUUUGUUAAAUCAUUUCGUGAAAAUCAUGAAGACUGGAUGAGCCUUGUACAUUAUUUAUUCUACAAAAACAUAUCGGGCAAAUGGAAGUCAAGAGAACAAAAACGUCGGAAUAAAAAGGUUCGUGGAUCCUUGCCGCUGCCUCCUGCACCUGUUCAAGAAACAGAAAUCAAUGUGCUACAAGAUGAAAGCAGUCUUUCCGUCUAUCGUGUUGAGAACGAAUCUGAGCAAUCUAAGAGUUAUACAAAACCACUGACAGUUACUAAUUCUCUCAGUGGUAAUGAUAUAUUCCGUGAUGUAGAUUACAAUGCAGCAGAAACGAUGAUAACUCAGCUGCUUGAACGAAAAGGCAUUCAGAAAAACAGUUUCUUUGAUAGUCCUGUAUCCUCGUCUGCAGAGGAAGUGAAUUCCUCGAUUGAUCGUCUCUGUUCUAUGGAUCAAUCAACUGAGCGGAAGAUGAGCAAGCCAAAAGUUUCCAACUCAUCGAAUUCCUUAAAUGUAAAUGAAAAGCGAAGUGAAUCCUUUAGUUCAUACGAAAAUCCUUCGUCAAAUAAACGGUUAGUGGAAGAUCCUUUAUCAGAAGAACUUGAUGAUCCACUUGGAAAUGAUGAUAGAGAAGUUCGAAAAUUAUUUAGAAAUAAAAAUUUCAAGAAUCGUUCAGAACCCGUGAAGAAAUUUCAAGUGAAUUCACGGCUAGUACCAAAAAAACAAAAUUCUACUAGAUUUCCAAAUAAGCUGAAGCCACAGAGUCUACAGAUGCAUAAAAUAGCACCGACAGUAUCAGAAACCCUUAUAUCUGAAUUAGACAAGCCCAAUAUUCAUCCUUCCUGGGAGGCGAGACGAACAGAUAAGGCGAAAAUUAUCGAUGUACUCAAAGGUCCAGCUCCUGAAGUAAAACGUAUUGUAUUUGACGAUUAA